AUGGUUUUGUUAGUAUUAACUGACCGUAUCCGAACUGCCAUAUACCAAGCCGUACAAUCUCCUGAAUUUGACGAAUCCGCAAAGAAAAGGCUUAAGUCUUACCUUAAAGCCUCCGCUUGCGUUCCUCUUGAUUUAAUCAAGGAGGUUUCAAAAUUUUUGCUUGGCCGCGAUGGUAAACUCGGUAAAGAAAUUGGCCUUUCCAAUUAUUGGCUUCAUGACCUACUCACCGGCAGCGGGGUUUACGUUGAACCUCGCAAAGAGAAGCCUAAGAGUCCAGAAUUGAUCGCUCGUUUAGAAUCGAUCCUUGCUGAACAAGCCAAUAAGGAAUAUGCACGUAUGAUUGGUAGAGUCGCCUCCUCUUAUGAUGUGGAGACCUUUAAACUACUUGACACCGAGGAAUUCCAAAGCGUUCGCGGUCAACUAACUGCAAUAAUCAACAUCACGUUCACUGUUGUAGCGGUAUUCGCAGCUGUUUAUCACGUUGCCCAAACCAUAACUGGUGAUACGGGUAUGCGUGUGUUGCUCGCUUUUACCGGAAGUGUCAUCGUUGGUGUUGCUGAAACAAUUUUGUAUAUGCGUUAUCUCACCGGAUACGACAAAAUUGAACAAAAAGAACGUAAACCACGUAGAAGGUCAUCUGCUUCCUCUGGUUACCACAAUAAAGCUGCUACUACUACCUCCCCAAGGAGGCCCGGAGUCGAUGUAACAAUUACGCCUGACCCUCCAGUUGCCAAAACCCCCGAACAUUUUACUGUUUCAGGAACAUUAGAGCAUGAUAUUACCGCAGGAAAAACCGCGCUAGACAUAGAUUUUUUUGAUGGUUUGCGUUUUGUUUCCAUAAUACCCCCCUACAUUAAGAAUUUUACUGAAUCAGUUAAAGCUGGAACCAAAUUUUCUAUAGAUGUAGAUAAUGUUCCAACACCAACUGAAUUUCCUAAAUUCUACGCAAUUUUUGUUAGUGUUGGGGAAAACCCAGAUAAAGAUGGUAAAUUGCAAGAUGUUUUUGGCUGUUCGCGUGCCGAAUUUCAAACAUAG